AUGCCUCACGACAGCAGCCCAAUAUACACAACAAAUCCCGACGUGUCUUUGGGCGGUCAGGAGUGGAGGGUUCUAGAAGGCGUGACGUGGGGGUCGAAGCGGGCUUGGAGGCGGGUUUUCGUGGUCGGCGGCUGUGGCCGCCACUACGGGACCUCGGAAUAUACUAGCGACUGGCGCGGCAGACGUAGCCUCGUCUCGAAAGUCAUGGCGGCGCUCGGCCGGCCCUUCAGCGGCCUCCCUCUGAGAGGCAGCGCGGACUUCCUGCAGCCGCCGCCGGCCUUCGCGGGCCGGGCCUUCCCGCCAGGAGCCACCGGCCCUGACCUGGCCCUGCGGCCGGGAGUCCGCGUUGCGCCAAGCAGCCCGGGCGGGAGAACAGCUCGCGGACGUGUUCCCAUUCACUGUAGAAAGAAACACAAGCGAUUGGUGGAGGAUGAUGAGUGUCCAGUAAGAAAGAAGAGACUGACUGAAGCUGAACUCUGUACGGUUACUAAUGAGUGGGUUCUCGACACACACCAGGGCAUAGAGGAUCACGGGGUCAACACAUGUCCCAGUGGCCUUUCUGUGCCCAGCAUGCUAGACGCUGUCUGUGAAGAAAUGGAUCAAACAACUGCAGAACCGCAGUGUGAAGUUGCCCGAAGGAGGCUUCAGGAGAUUGAGGACAGGAUAAUUGACGAAGAUGAAGAGGUUGAAAGUGACAGAAAUGUUAGCCACCUCCCAAGUCUUGUCCUUUCUGACACAAUGAAAACGGGUUUGAAGAGGGAAUUUGAUGAAGUCUUCACAAAGAAGAUGAUUGAGUCUAUGAGUCGUCCUUCUAUGGAACUUGUACUCUGGAAACCUCUCCCUGAACUCCUUUCUGAGAAGCCAAAGCCAUCGUCUAACCCUAAGAACUACAUGGGAGAGAGCCAAACGAAACGUACAGUUGCCGGCACUGCCUUUCCUCAGAGAACUGAAGUGUUGCUGGAACCUCGGCACACAGACACGCCACUUUACCAUAGUCUGGAGACAGCUGCUGGUACAGAGGAAGAGAUGGAGCUCUAGAGACCAGUUCUGCUCCAGCUUGGCAAGUUCUAGAAGGCUCCUGUGUUCAGUAAUGAGCCUGCCUGUAUAGUAUAGGGACCUGAAAGUUUUAUGAAACGGGUGUAAUAUCUCCACCUGUGAUUUGGGGUGGGACUGUCACUGUGGGUAGCCAUUUAUUGAAUUCAACUUUUUGCCAAGGAAGCUUAUCUCAAAGGAAAUGCAGUUUUCUAGCAGGCUUAUCCAAGAAAUGUUACAGUUUCUUUAAAGACAACCAUAGACGCUGGAUGUGUUACAGUGACUGAAGUCAUCUGUCACAUGUUGAAGCCAUUCAUUCUUAAGAUGCUUAUAAAGAGGAAUGCUCCUAAUUCCCCUGCACCCUGACAGCUGAGUCAUGUAUUGAGCUUCUGGUAGUGGUAACUGUACACAUCAGGAGCGGGAGGGAAGAAAGCAGUAGUUUGAGUCUCUUGCAAAGGAAUUAAACAGGCAAGGAAACGUGUGUUGGCUUCAGGUCCGUGUAGCCAUUAUUACUCAAGCAGUAGCCAUUGGUCUGCUUUAAUGACUGAUAAGCUCAGUUGGUCAGUGAUGUUUACACCUCAAUUAACUUUAAUUGAUUAAAACAGUGUGAGGUAACCUUUCUGUAAAUUGUCUGUGAAAGAAGUGUCUUUUCAUGAAUCUUGAGGACAAACAGUGUCAGCCAAACCCAGCAUUGAUAGCUUCUAGAGUUUAAAAAGGGAAGGUUGUACUUGUAUCAGCAGGUUGAAUUUUUUAAUGUUGGAUUUGAAAACAGUGAAUUAGCUGAGAAUAAAUGGGCAAAUAUCUUGGAGGUUUACUGAAAUAGCUCAUUGUCUUGUGCUUAAGUUAUCGACAGUAAGCCUAAAAUUUAGUGGAAGAUGGCCUCCUACCAGCAGGAAAUCUUUACCCUUUGAGUACCAGAACCAGGCUCAAGGUUUUCUUUGGGAAUAACCAGGGUAAAAGUUUUUAAUUUCUCAGGAAGAGCUCUUCAGCAUGGCAGGGUGUGUAAUGAAGGCUUGGCAACUCCUUCAGUGCUGUAGAGUAGUCCAUGUAAGAUAGCAGGGGGGAGUAUGGCACCUCUUCCACAGCAGAGCACCUCAGUUCAGUUUUCACUUUGUGGGUUUCUUCUUCCUUUGUAGGGGAAAAAUGAAAAGGUUUAUGCUGAGUAGAGGUGAAUUUUUUAGAAAUUAGCUUCCAGGCAUUUUGCAGCCCAUGCGGAAAUCCCUCCCAUGGAUGGCAUAGGAGUCAUAGUCUGUUCAGUGGACUUCUUGCCUAUUGUUCUUGCUCUCUCUGUUUCUGUCUGGAUGUCAGGAAAAGAUUUAAUGUUUAAUAUUUAAACAAAAUAGUUAUGUCUACACAAUAAAAUUGCUCAAGCUUCGAAACCA